AAUAGCUGGGUUUAUCUCAAUUGUUUUAAAAAUUUUAAUUGGCAACAAAAAGUUAUGAAACGAAGGAUGGUAAUUAGUUCAGUUGACGAGGAAGCGACCCUCGCCAAACUGACUCGCUAAGAAUGACAUUUAUUUUAGAUCUAGUUCUUGUUCGCGAUACAUUUUAUUUACCCAUCGCGAUUGAUGUCAUUGUAUUAUAUGCGUACACUUUAGCUAUUGUUGAGGGAGCUAUUCAUGAUAAGCUAACAUACCAUGAGGUUAUCAAUAUCCACAACUCACAUGUCCGGCACAAGCGCAGCACCAACAAUGACAUGUCAGAAUUCAUUAAAGAGUUUCAUUUUCAAGCUUUUAACAGAUCAUUCACAUGUAACUUAACACCUCGCUUGAACUUUUUCUCGCCAAACUUCAUUCUGGCUGUGUAUGGUGAGAAUGGAAAGCCAGUCGAGCACAGCUUCCGCAGAGAUCAGAUUUAUGUUGGCAAGUGUGAUGGUGAUCCUGACUCAGAAAUCAGGGGAACAUUCAAGGAGGGAAUAUUUUCAGGGACUGUUCAUUAUGAUGGUGAACUGUAUGGUGUUGAGAAUGCUAAAUUUCAUAUUCAAGCAAGUUCCAUGAAUGAUGACAGCCAUAUGCUGGUGUAUCGAGCAAAUGAUAUUAUUUGGCAGGAAGGUCAGAAGACACAAUUUAGUCCAAGUUUCUGUGGAAAUAUACAUUUGAAUAUUUCCAAAGAUGAUUCUCAUACAAUAGUAGAUCAUGCAACACAAGCGAAACCUUCUAGAAGGAAAAGAUCAACAGCUACAACUUUGAAUACAUGUAAAAUAAUUGCAGUUGCAGAUUAUAAAUUCUUUCAAGGAGUAGGCAGAAAUAAUAUUUAUGACACAGCUUUGUACAUGGCCAAUGUUAUUGACAGAGUGGAUAAUAUUUACAGAAAAACAUUUUUCAAUUUGGAAACAUCUAUGGAUGGUUUUGGAUUUGAAAUAGCCAAGAUGGUAAUUUAUCGAUAUGCAACAAAUGGUUUCAAUGCAGAAACCGACAGCUGGGAUCCACUAAAUUUGUUACAGGCUUUUAGCAGAAAUACCGAGUAUAAAAACUACUGUGCUGCUCAUCUCUUUACACAUCAGUCUUUUUUUGGCAAUGUGCUGGGCCUGGCCUAUAUAGCACCACCCCGUGAAGGACAAGUAGGAGGCAUUUGCUCACCUCUUGCUCGUUUAAAUGAGCACAUGUCCAGUCUCAACACUGCCUGGAGCUCUACGAAAAAUCAAAAUGGUGACACUGUAUUGCUUCAGCAGGCUAAUCUUGUCACUGCUCAUGAACUUGGUCACAACUGGGGUGCAGAACAUGACCCAGAGACAAGUGACUGCUCACCAUCCACUAGUAGAAGUGGUAAAGGAAAAUAUUUAAUGUAUCCUUAUUCAGUGAGUGGCUAUGAUGCUAACAACUUGCUCUUCUCACCUUGCAGCCGUGAAUUGAUGAGCCGAGUUCUUAAGCUUAAGAGAGACUCAUGCUUUUCAGAGAAAAGUUAUGAUACUAACCAAGUGUGUGGCAAUGGUAUCAUUGAUGAAGGAGAGGAGUGCGAUGCUGGUCUGUUGGGGAGAUUCAACUUGGACUCUUGCUGCAACAAUAACUGUCAACUUAUAGGGGAUGCCACAUGCAGCCCUGCUAACCAUGAGUGUUGCAUGAACUGCACUAAAGCUCCAAGUGGAUAUAUGUGCACACAAGACAGUGAUGUGGAUUGUUUUGAGUCGGCCUUCUGCAAUGGUUUUGAUUUGACUUGCCCGAAACCAAGCUUCAAGAAAGAUAACUCAUCAUGCCUAGACAAAGGUCAGUGCCGCAAUGGAAAGUGUAUACCUUUUUGUGCUGCUAGGAAUUUGACAGCUUGUGCUUGUGAAGAGUUGUCGAACUCCUGUCAGAGGUGUUGCCGUAAAGACAGUUCAUCCCCAUGCAUUCCAUUUGAUGGUAACAGUCCACUGCCCAAUGGUCGACCUUGUAUUGGAGGUUACUGUCAAGAUAAUGUUUGUAAGUCUAGUAAAGUCUCAACUAUACAACGGCUGUUUCAAAUAUUUGAGAACCUCAGUGUAGACAAAAUAGUACAAAUAUUCCGAACCAAUGUUGUGGGUUGUGUGAUAGUAUUUUCUUUGAUUUUGUGGAUUCCUGCUACUACUGCCAUAUGGUGCCAGGAUCGGAAAGCUAGGAAGCAGACAGAGAGAUGGGAGGACACAGAGAUAAGAACUGAUCGUAACCUCCUUCAUGAUGAAGAUGGUAGGCUGGUUGCCAAACCAAUCAAGAAAUCUAAAGCUGAUAUGGAAACAUUGCGACGCCGUAAUGUCUACAGUUUAUUUUCCACUUCAGAAGUCUAGACAAAAAGCUAUCCUUCUGAUUCAGCUAUUCAAAUCAUGUCAUUAAAGUGAAAACCAGUUUAAACUGGAAUUCAACUUUCUGUUAGAGUGACAUCUGACUUAUGGUACACCAUAUUUGAAUUUAUUUGCUGACAAAAAAGCGCACUUGAUAAUGCACUCUGUGAUAUUUUUCAACAGUUCAUGCAUGUAUGGUUAUUACACAAUGUAAAAAAAAAAAAAAUCUUUCCGUCCAUUUCAUCAUUUUUUUUUUUUUAGGAAUCAGUAUUAAACCUUCACAUUUUCAUUAUUCAUAUCUUUUGUCAAAAUAAGUUUACAAGGAGUGAACAAAUACCGAAACUUUACUAUGAUUAAUUUAUAAUUAAAUACUUAUAUAUUUUUAUUACGUAUCUUUACACACGCUGUUUCUUAACUUUUACAUACAAAUCUGUUUUCAAUUUUCUUGUACCUGCACUGGCUUGAAUUUCAGCACUUGAAAACAAAAAUGUUAACCUUGAUAUAUUUAUGUCGUAAAUGUGUUUUAUUUGAAAUUCAGAUAACUUUUGAGAUACUUUUGUCUACAUUUCGUUGUUCCAUUAUUUCAAAACAGGUGCAACUUUUUGUUUGUCCUAAUGCACAAAUUGUAAGACAAAUUUCUUUAUGGAUAGUAAAGACUAUUAUUAUUAACUUUUGGCAAUGUUUUAACUAGGUUAAUGUGAUUCUGUGAUCAAUGAGACAACAAGGUACCUUUGUAAAACUUGUAUUCCAGAGCUCUAUUUAUUUCCAACUAUGCAAAAAAAAAAAGAAAGGUGAGCGUGAUCUCAUGACAUAUUUGUUGACAUAACUUGUACUUGAUCUUUCAUUAUAAAAUGUUUCAUUUCAAAUAAAUUUUUUAUAUUUUCCA